AUGCCCAGAGACGAUCUCUCCAUCGAUUUCAACCGCGGCAGGAUGCCGCUGGUCGAGCACCAAGAUGCUGCCGCUGUGCUCGACGACUGGACCAACCGAGCCGCGAACCUGCAUCAUGAAAUAGCUUUCAUGAACGAGGAGAUUGGAGAGAAGGACAAACAGAUGCAGGAGUGUCUCACGCUCAUCACCAAGUACGAUGGCCAGAUCCAGAAAUGGGUCAAACUCAAUGGUGGCCAUACGCCCAACCCCAAAGAGGAACAACUGAGCAGGAUGAUACUGGAGAAUUAUGACAAGGCGCAAAUACUACAGGAACAAAAGCUCGCGUUGGCUAUGAAGGCACAGGAGAAGCUGGAUAAACAUACGAAGAAUAUCGAUAGGCACAUCAAGGACUUGCAGGAUAGAGGAGAAUUAUCCGCAGAUAAAGAUCUUCCCUCACUUCUUCGCCCACAAGCACAAGAACGUGUUGCUGCUACCCGCGCAGAACCCGCUGCAAUGCCCUUGGGCCAGAUUCCGAACGCAACUGCGCCCGUACACACACGACAUCCAAAUCAAUACCCUCAGCGAUUGCCUGGUCAUGUCCAAGCUCGCCAACCCAGCAUAUCAUCUGCCCCCGCUACUCCGGCUGCUCCUAUAUUACUCAACAGACAAGCUCGCGAGACCUCCUUGGGUGCUGGUGCAAACAAGAGACAAAGACUGAAUACAAACAUUGUACUUCCACCAAGUGGUCUUGCGCGUCACGCUUCCUUGACUCCCGGUACACCAAGAGCUGGAACACCAACCCUGGGUAGGGCUGGGAGCGCUGGACCAAGGACGUCACAGAAAGCUGCAACUAAGAAAGUUGCUCCUCAAGGAAGCAGACAGAGUGGAGCUCCACGCAAGGCAAAACCUACAAAAUCAGGUCUCAGUAGGGUCAAGCGAACUGGAAAUAAGAACUCACCAUCAGCUUCAAAUGACAGCGAACUGAGCGACGCAGAAUCCGGUUCAGGGGACGAUGACGAUGAAAAUGGCACAUCUACGGGUAGACAUGAUGGCGAUGAAGAGAUGGCGGAUGGCGACGAGGACGAUGGCGCCGACGAUAGAAAAUACUGCACAUGUCAAAGCGUGAGUUACGGUGACAUGGUAGCUUGCGAUAACCACAAAUGUCCAUAUGAGUGGUUUCAUUGGACCUGUGUUGGGCUCAAGAGCGAGCCAGUUGGUACAUGGAUUUGUCCGCCGUGCACAAAAGAAAUGAAGAAAUAG